CCUACGAUAAACAUUUCUAUAUUGUUGGGAGUAGUCUCUUCCAGAAGGAAAAUGUUACUAUCGACAAGGUGCAAAGGCUUACUGAAUGGUUUUUGGAGUAUAUAACAUUUGAAAUGUUACGGCCUUUGUAGUCACUGUUUCACAAAACAGUUGAGCGACUUUGGACUUACAGCAUGCUCUUUAUGACCAUCAUCAAAACACAUCUGGAGGGACUGUGCAUAUUGACGUACAUCACUCCAUGAACUUUUCAGACCUCUGCUGUUUUGUAGUGUGCUGGACAGGAUUGGUGAAUGAUUUUCUGAUUUCUGAACAUUCCUUUGAGCUCCUGUGACACGUCUCAGGCACAAGACCAGCACUCAGUGGCUACAAUUGAAUAUGCUAAAUUUUAUUUACAAAAGCGUGUAAGCCUAUUUCACCCUGGAAAAUAGCCUGCAGUUGGCAUUUAGGCAGGGCUGCAGUUAGGAAUUCUGGGCCCCCUGAAUGAAUAGUGGCGCAUGCUCACAACUCUGAAAGGGCUGAUUUAUCCUGAGUAUUUCCUUUAUAUUAUGUAAAAAAAAUGAAGCAGCUGCAACAAACACACAAGCUCAAAAUGGUCCAUAAAGUGGAUCUAUUAUUAGCGCUUAAGACAGCUGUCCAACCACUGUUAGAAAGUCUUAAAACUUCAUGAAGCUGGUUAAGCCAUAAGCACCAGAAGCCUGUAGAAUGAAUGUACUACUAGCUAUUUAAUUUAAAACAUUAACCUUUCUUCAAAAAGAAAGGGGUUAUCCACUGGGCUCCUUCACUACUCAUUGCGUCUCUCCUUUUUUCUGCCGUUUUUGAAAUCCUGAUUUAUAUUGUUGUAGUUGUUGUUGUUUUUGUUGUUUUGCCAGACAAAAAUUGGCAUGUCAUCUAGGCCACUAAUCACACUCAAUCUCGUGAACCAUGAACAGUGUACUAAACAAUUUUUUAACCUUUUUCAUCAUUAUUGCAUGAUUUUGUAGUUUUGCUUAAAUUCUGUUUCAAUUAGUAUAUGUUACCUUAUUAUCCAUAUAACAGUUCAGUCAUAGCAAGGAGCCUAUGGACUGCUGGAAUUUUGUGGAGCCCCUGCAUGGGACUAUAAUUGUCACCGGCUUUCACCCCGCUAUUGACAGUCCCGGAUUCAGGGUUAUGUCUGUGCAGUAACAUACACUUGUAUAUAGUCUAAUGGUAAUAGGGUUGGGGGUUCAAAUCCUGCCUCCACCCUGUGUGCGUGGAGUCUGCAUGUUCUCCUCAUGCUUCAGGGGUUUCCACCAGGCACUCCGGUUUCCUCCCCCAGUCCAAAGCGAUGCAUUGUAAGCUGAUUGGCAUUUCCAAAUCGCCCAUAGUGUGUGAAUGGGUGUGUGAGUGUCUGUGUGCGAUUGUGCCCUGUGUUGGCACACCAUCCAGGGUGUCCCCUACCUUGUUCCCCAAGUCCCCUGGAAUAGACUCCAAGCUCCCCAUAGGAUAAACAAUACAGAAAACAGAUGGAUGGAUAACAGUGCAUUUUGUUACUCUGACUUGUGAUUAACGUAACAUUAACAUACCCAUCUAUUGACAGACAAAAUGUGAAUUUUGAACGUUAUACACAUUAGACAAUGAUCAUCUGAAGUGUAAUAUUUUACAGAUUUCUGAGUGGAAACUGAUAUCACCCAAGUGAACCAACAACAUGCACCCACACAUGCAUGUGAAUAUUAUUAUUUUUAUUAUUGUUAUUAUUGUUAUUAUUAUUUUAGCAGAUGGAAUGGUGAAUCUUUUGUUUUGUUUUGUUUUCUUUUCUUUUGGGUUGUUUUUUUUUAAUUAAAUUUUUUUUUUUUUUUUACCUUUUUCCCCGAAAUGCGUGUUAGAAUAACAUUUGCAUAAAACGUGUCAUUAUUAUGUUGCGAGGGCAAAGACAUUUUAACCUAUGCGAGUUAAGCUGCUUGUUCUACAAUUCCUCUGACAGAGUAUGUGAAUUAGCCCGUUAUCAAUUGCAAUUAAGCAUGCGGACAUCUACUGGAAGUCAUGGGUAAGUCUUUAUACUGAUCCAACGGGUAUAAAUAUCAUGAUGAGUUUUUGCUUCUAGUGGGCGCGCUCAGAGAGAGUGUGUGUGUGUGUGUGUGUGUGUGUGAGAGAGAGAGAGAGAGAGAGAUGGGGUGUUUGGGAGGGAUCGGGGCUUCUUCAAGGACUUUCCUCUCAUUCUCACGUCAGUUAGUAGGACCGGCUGCAAAAUGCACAACCGCUGUAAGUAAUCAGAUUUGAUGCUGCUACCUUUUAGACGUGAAAUUGAAAACUUUCCAUAUUUUCAAUAUUGUGACUUUAAAUAUUCUACUAUACACGUAUAUGUUCUUGUCUAAAGUGAGGGAUAACUAGCCUAGAAAUAUCAUACACGACACUGUUUAAUUAAUAUUUUUGGUUUGUUUAUGUUUUAUAGUUUCCCUCUCUGCCUGCGACAUUUCGUAUACUCAGCAUGCCUGAAGAAAUCGUGUGCUCCACCUAGGAUAAAGCGGCGCGCGCUGUGGAGAAGUUCUCGUGCAUACAAGACGUAGAGUACCAUGGAGGAAACACUUAAAGAGCAGGACAUUUUCAACGAGACUCUUAACGAGUCAUGGAGAAAUUACAGCGUCGGCAACGACACGAAUGGUGCCAAUCAAACGGUGAAUCCACUAAAGCGCAAUGAAGAGGUGGCCAAAGUGGAGGUCACGGUGCUGGCCCUGGUCUUGUUCUUCGCCCUCGCUGGGAACCUGUGCGUGCUGCUCGCUAUCCACACGGCCAAGCACGGCCAGUCGCGCAUGUACUACUUCAUGAAGCACCUGAGCAUCGCCGACCUGGUGGUGGCAAUCUUCCAGGUGCUGCCCCAGCUCAUCUGGGACAUCACCUUCCGCUUUUAUGGUCCCGAUUUGCUGUGCAGGCUUGUGAAGUAUCUCCAAAUAGUCGGCAUGUUCGCCUCCACCUACAUGCUCGUGCUGAUGUCCAUCGAUAGGUGCCUGGCCAUCUGCCAGCCUCUGCGCUCCUUGCACAAACGGAAAGACCGCUGGUACGUGGUGUUGUCCUGGGUGCUCAGCUUGGUCUUCAGCAUCCCGCAGGUGUGCAUCUUCUCUCUGCGGGAGGUCGGAUCUGGAGUUUACGACUGCUGGGGAGAUUUUGUGCAGCCUUGGGGCGCCAAAGCCUACAUCACUUGGAUCAGCCUCACAGUCUACAUCAUUCCUGUGGCUAUCUUGAGCAUUUGCUACGGUCUCAUAAGCUUUAAGAUCUGGCAGAACUUUAAGCUGAAGACCAGGCGCGAGCAGCAGGUCGUCACUCUGAGUCCCACGGCCGCGCGAAACGGUGCGCUUUUGGCGCGUGUCAGCAGCGUCAGGCUCAUCUCCAAGGCCAAGAUCACCACAGUCAAAAUGACAUUCGUCAUCGUGCUGGCUUACAUCGUGUGCUGGACUCCGUUUUUCUUCGUGCAGAUGUGGUCGGCGUGGGAUCCAGCUGCGCCCCGGGAGGCGAUGCCUUUCAUCAUCUCCAUGCUGUUGGCCAGUUUGAACAGCUGUUGUAACCCCUGGAUCUACAUGUGCUUUGCUGGACACCUGUUCCAUGACCUGAAGCAGAACUUUCUGUGCUGUCCGGCACGCUACCUGAAGUCGUCUCAGUGCCGCUGUGAUCUGGAGCACAACUCGAGCCGCAAGAGCAACUCCUCCACUUACGUCAUGAAGAGCACCAGCAGCCAGAGAAGCAUUACCCAGACAUCGUCCACAUAAACACUGAUGCAUUGCACAUGAGGACUGGGCAUAGACCCACACAGAAUGGAACAGUGAUGAGCACAGAUGGUUGUAAACACAUGGAGACAA